UCUUUUGAAAGACCUGUAACUGUCAGUCACGACCGGUGCAGCCUGGAACCCCGCACCCGGGAGACUGUGAGCGAGUGAGCUGGGACUCUGCCUGUACUUACAUAACAGUUUCGGGAGGACCGCCCCUACAUCGCAGGGUACUUAAACCGUUUGCAUGUGCGAGUUUGCUAAACAAGUUUUGCGGACUGAUACGUCACGCCCACGGACUGUCAUCUUCUGACAGCAGUUAGGGACACCACUAUAUUCCUCAACCGGACUCUGAUCAUUUUUUGACGAAAGGAUGAUUUUCGAUAAAUUAAAAAAGUUUUACAUCGUCUUCGACUCCCCCGAAGUAGACACGCCGCCUGUGUUCGCCAACGGAGACGUGGUGUUCGGUAAAGUGGUGUUGGAGCUUACCGGGGUAUGCAAAGUGGAUUCGCUUAAGUUUCACGCCAGGGGUCUCGCUAAGGUCCGGUGGACGGAGUCCCGGACCGCCGGGUCCAGUAGCGCGUACACGCAGACGUACAGCGAUGAAGUGGAGUACCUCAACGUGAAGGAGCCGCUUCUGCAGCCAGACAACGGUGAGAUGGUAGUUCUGCAGGCUGGCAGACAUGAAUUCCCUUUCAGCUUCCAACUUCCCGAAGAGACGCUGGUGACCUCGUUUGAAGGGAAGCACGGCAGUGUGAGGUACUGGGUGAAGGUGAAGCUGCACCGGCCCUGGGCCACGGUGAGGAAGAUCAAAAAGGAGUUCACCGUCAUCCAGCCCAUCGACAUCAACACCCCGGCCUUACUGGCUCCCCAGGCGGGAACGAAAGACAAAAUGGCUCGGCAGUGGUACCGCAAUUUCGGCCAGGUGUCCAUAACCGCCAAGAUCGACCGCAAGGGCUACACCCCAGGUGAGGUGAUCCCUGUGUUCGCGGAGUUUGAUAACUCCAGCUCGCGGCCGGUGGUGCCCAGGGCCUCCAUUAACCAGAUCCAGACCUUCAUCGCUCGCGGUACCAUGAAGCAGAAGCGCUCGGUGGUGGCGGUUCUCUGCGGCGACGCCGUGGCUCCGCGCUGCAGGGAGAGCUGGCAGGGCCGCGCCAUCAAGAUCCCGCCCGUCGGGCCCUCCAUCCUGCAGUGCCGCAUCCUCAGAGUGGAGUACAUCCUCAAGGUGUGCGUGGACGUGCCCGGGACGUCCAAGCUGUCCCUGGAGCUGCCGCUGGUGAUGGGCACCAUCCCCCUGCACCCCUUCGGCAGCCGAACCUCCAGCGUCAGCUCCCAGUACAGCGUCAACCUGGAGUGGCUGCGUCUGGCUGUCCCCGACCGACCCGAGGCUCCCCCAGAUUACAACACCGUUGUCUCUGAUGACGAGGCUGAGCAGAACACAGCGCCCCCGCAAGGCGUGGAGGAAUUCAGUGGAAUGCUGGAGCGCCCCCUUCAGGCCUUUGUGCAGGAGUUCCGCUACAGGCCGCCUCCAGUGUACAGCGAGGUGGACCCGAACCCUCAGCCGUUCUACAUGAGGCCGCGUUGCAUGACCUGCUGAACAAUGCGGCCCAUCUGAGCGGCACGCAGUGACCCAACUGAAGCCAGAGAGGGGGGUUUCAUCUUCCCCAAAACCGAGGCCUGGAACACUGUCUCUACCGUGGGAGGGACUGGAGCAGCACAUACAGACAGAGAGAGACGCGGAGAGAGGCUGGGGCAGGACCAGGGUACGAGGCCCAUGAAGAGACACAAAGGCUUAAAGAACGGACUUCCCUCCCCAGUUCUGUCUGCCUCUGGGGCAGUCUGUGCACCCAGUCCACAGGGUAGAGACAGAGCUCCCUGUCUGCUGACCAGAGGGAAAACAGAAGCACAAAACAGCCUGGAUUCUAUACAAGCCACUUGUACUGAUCUGUAGGAUGAAGAAGAGACAUUUUAUUCAGGGUUUUGUUGAGUACAGCAUUCAGCAGUACCUCAGGCUGUUGCUCUCUGGAGAAUGUCUAUAACAGUUAGGACUUUAAAAAAAAUAAGGACACACAUGUCCCUGGGGUAUGACUGUGGUUAGGACAGGGUGGAGUCAAAGAUGUGUGGGCACAUUGAAUUAAAUGGGCAUGUUCUGUCUUAGAGAAAUCACACCAGUGAGAUUUCCCAAAGGGAGUCUUAUGUCAUACUUUUUAAAGCUUUUAAAGCGUUAAAGAGUUUUAAAGCUUUGUGUGAGCAUCAUGAAUGACCCUAGAAGCACUGCAGGCAUUGCCUGGAGAAGUCUGCCGUUUGCUCGCUGUAGAGAGAGGGCUGAGGCUCUAACACACAGGAGUCUUAAAAAAAA